CUUUUUAACCUAAAGAUCAACAAAGGAGUCAUAGUUUGUUUGGUUCUCUUUUAAUGGAUAAUAUUGCAAUAGGCAUUUUAAUGAUGCCUGAAAGGAAUUGCGAUUCAUUAGUCUUGUUUUUUUCUCUCUUCUUGAAAGACCACAAAAAGACAGAUUGGUAACAGUCACUUUUUUUCGAGUUAUUUAAGGGCCUUCUUAGUAAUACAGAACAACUUUUUUUUUCUUAUUUAUCAAAAAAAAAAAAUGCCACGCAGUGAAACAGACCUUGAAGACGUUUGGGCUGAUAGUGAUAACGAAGAGCAAAUUGCUUAUGAAAGAAACCUUGCUGAAAAAGAAUGGGAGAAGCUUCAAGAAGACCACGGCAACACGGGUUAUAAAGAGGGUAUUGUUGAAGGAAAAGAAGUCAAUAUGCAAAGAGGCUUUGAUAAAGGCUAUGUGGAAGGUCUUGCUAUUGGAAAAGCUGUUGGUCGACUCCGUGGUUUAGUAAGCUGUCAAAUUGUGUUUUAUAGACAGUUGUGCAAGAACGAAGACGCAACAAAAGAACUGGAUGCUUUAUUUGAUGAAAUUGAUAAAAUCGAAGUCAACCAUAUCUACAGUGUAGACUAUUUCCGAGACAACCAAUCCGAAAAGCCUGAUGGUUAUGUUGCUCCCGAAGCAUUUGUGAGUCAACUUGAAGAAAAAGUCAAGUCUACUUUAAACGCGGUUGCCACUAAAUACCGUUCUUAAAGUUAUUGGAUCAGCAGAAUUGAAUCAAGAUCAAGGUCUUGGUAUGGAAGUUAUACCGAAAAAGAAGAAGAGAAGGAAAAAAAAAAGAUUGCGUAGUAUUUAUUAAAUUUGAUUUG